AUUUAAACCGGGGCGAUGAGCCCGGGAGGAGGCACGGGGAGGCACAGAAGCGGAGGGAGGGGAUGGUGAGGAGGAGGGGGCGGGAGAGGAGGAGGAUUAUGAUAAUGAUGGUGGUGGCGGCGCCCCCGACGCCCCUCCGCCGCCGGGGACAGACCCACGCAGCCUGGUAGCGGCGGAGCUUCUCCUCUCCUCGCCGCGGCCAUGCGCUGCCCCGCUUGCCCCUUGGUCCCGCUCCUGUUGCUGCUCCUGCUCCUCUCCCGCCCGGACGCCGCGGAGGAGGAGGAGGACGAGGAGGCGGAGGCGAGGACGCUGCGGGUGCUGGUGCUCCUCCCGCAGGAGCCCGCCUUCCCCUUCUCGCUGCCCCGCGUCCGCCCGGCCGUGGAGUACGCCGUGCGCGGCUUGGAAGCCAACGGGACGCUGCUGCCGGCCGGGUUCCGCUUCGAGCUGCUCUUCGAGGACUCGGGCUGCGGGAACGCGGCGCUGUUCGCGCUGGUGGACCUGGUGGCGCGGCGGCGGCGCUGGCCCGACCUGCUCCUCGGCCCCGCCUGCGACUACGCCGCCGCCCCCGUGGCCCGCCUGGCCUCGCACUGGGGCCUGCCCAUGCUUUCCGCCGGCGCCCUGGCCGCGGGCUUCGGCAGCAAGGGCGGCGGCGAGUACUCGCACCUGACGCGCCUGGCGCCGGGCUACGCGCAGCUGGGACACAUGCUCCUGGCGCUCUUCCGCCACCGCCGCUGGGCCCGCGUCCUGCUCGUCUACCGCGAGGACCGCGACCAGCGCAGCUGCUUCUUCGCCGCCGAGGGCGUCCACGGCGUCUUCCGAGAGGCCGGCCUCCACCUCGACGACUUCGCCUUCGACGAGGCCGGGAAGUUCGCCGACGACGUGGUGCGCGCCAUCCAGGGCAGCGGGGAGAGAGUUGUGAUCAUGUGUGCCAGCGGUGACGCAAUACGGGACAUCAUGCUGGCUGCACAUCGGCAAGGGAUGACCAAUGGAGACUAUGCUUUCUUCAAUAUAGAACUCUUCAACAGCUCAGCAUAUGGAAAUGGCUCGUGGAAAAGAGGAGACAAAUUUGAUCUCGAAGCAAAGCAAGCAUACUCAUCCCUCCAGACAGUAACAUUACUGAGAACAGUAAAACCAGAGUUUGAGAAAUUUGCCCAGGAGAUGAAAAGUUCUGUUCAGAAACAAGGAAUCAUUCCCGAUGAUUAUGUUAAUAUGUUUGUGGAAGGAUUUCAUGAUGCUAUUAUCCUUUAUGUUCUGGCUUUGCGGGAAGUUCUGAAGAAUGGCUUCACUAAGAAAGAUGGAGAGAAAAUUGUCCAACAGACAUGGAACAAGACUUAUGAAGGCAUUGCAGGGCCAGUAUCGAUUGAUGCCAAUGGAGAAAGAUUUGGGGAUUUUUCUGUAAUUGCAAUGACUGAUCCAGAAACUGGAACCCAGCAGGUUAUUGGGAACUAUUAUGGAAAACAGGGACGGCUUGAAAUGUUUCCAAAUUUAAAUUACCUCUGGGAACACAGACCGAGAAUAGAUGACAGCAGAGGUUUGGAGCACCCAAGCAAUACACCCUGCAAAUCAUCAGGUGGCCUAGGAGAAUCAGCAGUAACAGGAAUAGUUGUGGGUGCCUUAUUAGGAGCAGGACUGUUGAUGGCCUUCUACUUUUUCAGGAAAAAAUACAAAAUAACUAUUGAAAGGAGAAGUCGACUCGAAGAAUACAACAUCGGCAAGCAUCGCCAAUUACGGGAAGACUCUAUAAGGUCUCACUUUUCUGCUGCAUGAAAUAGAGAAAAACAAAUUGCUUUUGCAGGGAAACUCUAUAGACAAAUGGAUGCUACCAAAGACAGCUACAGAAAAGAAGCUCCUUAAGGACUCAGCAUUUUAAAAAGUAGGAUAACUGUUGUUGUUUUUUGCCCCGGAAACUCAGGAAUGAUUUACUAGCCACACUAUGCCACAUGGCCUUUAAAAUAAUCUAGAUGAAAGAAAAGUGAUAAAACUGCAGCUUUUCUCUCAGCGAGAUGAUGUUAACCCUUUUACAUGUGUUCUGAGACAACAUCCUCUGGUCAGUCAUUUUGUGUCUUGGAAAUGUGAAUGGUUCUUCUGUCUGCCUUCUUAUAAACUUCCGAUCAUCCUUCAUUAGCUGCUUCUUAACAGAUUGUAAAAGAAAUGUGAUCUCAAGAAACACAGGUUCUGCUUUACAGCCAGAACAGAAAGAUGUAUUGAACAGUGAAAAGACAGGAUGGGGAAAAAGGGAGCAUGUAGAUUGUACAAGGAUUUAUUGAAAAAGUAUGUGCAUGUUUUGUUCUUGGACAUAAAAAAAACCCCAAAGGUUUGAGGAAAGGGAACACACAGUUCUAAGGAUCUCUUUUAUGCAAUACAUUAGUUGCAAAGAUAGUUCCUAAGUGAUUCCGGUGAAUGGAUUCGUGGUGAAUGUGUUUGAAGCUGAUGUAACUGCUUGCCAGUGGUCUUGGAAGAGGAAAUUUGGGCUUCAAAUAAUUUCCAUUUGUACAGAAACGUUAUUUCCAAACACACACACACACACACACACACAGCAUUUCCACCAUCUAUGUGUAGGAAGCCUAACACAGAUGUCACCACGGAAUAAUGCUGGCACAUUUCCUGCUUCAAUUCUUCCAAUGUUUUCAGUAUAAGAAAAGCACAAGAGGUUCACAUAAAAGACUAGGUCUUACUUGUGUCAAUGACUAGAAAUAAGAAUCCUGCCUCAGUCAAAGCACCUUAUGCUGAUUUCUGUGCCUGUACACAUUCUGAUACAUGCACACCUGUACAAAAGAACUGGAAGUCCUAUUGGCAUUCUGGUUCCUCUGUUUUUCACCAUAUUACAUUGCUGCUCCUUCAGCCUUUGAUUAUUGUCACUGAAAUUUAAACUCAUGAACAAGGUAAGGGUUUUGACUGUCCAUCCGCACAUGUGUGACAGACAUGCAGAUAAGAUGACUGCAGUGCUUACCUAGAGCAGCACUUGUAUGCUGUAUGCACCAUUGAAAUAUGUACUUAGCUUCAGGUAAAUAAGUGCAGGAUCACACUCUGAAUUUUUCAAUAGGAAGCAAAUAUCCCACUGCAACAUUACAAUCUGCGUAGUGUCCAAACUAUGUAAAUACUAGUAUCAAAGUGUUUUUGUAAAGUAAAGGUAAGGCAAUAAGUUUUUUUUUUUGUUGUAUUACUGUUCGGGUUUUGGAUCUUUUUAGUUGUAUGAGAAAUUGUAAUUUUGGGUUAACAUUGUAUGUUUUUAAGUAUUCCUCAUCUUAUAUUUUUCUAUUAGAAAAAUGUUGUUUUAUUUCACUUUGAAAAUUCAAAGUGAGUGCACAUUUGAAAAGCUAUUUUUCUUUUAAAAUUGUGAAUAAUAAUGAGCACAGAACUUUUCAGAUGUAAAUAAAAGUAGUAUAUUUUACCUUUGCUUAUUGGAAAAAUCUUUGCCCUUUUUUCCUUAGGCAUGGCUCCCCGAUUUAGUUGCAAAUUUAUACUAUCAAUAUAAAAUAUGGGUUGAUCAUCCUGUACCCUGGCUACUAUUUCCAGGCUUUCUCUAACAGGAACUUUCUUUAGUACCCCCAUUUUUCUUAUUGGAAGGUUUCAUGAAUCUCAAGAUAUUACUAAUGAAAACAAACCUUAACUAUGACAAUUUUUGAAGUGCUUUUAAAUCAGUUUUUCGUUCAGAUUUUCAAUCUUCACAGAAUCUUUCCACAUCAAUUUAUCCUCCAGAAAACUUAUAUGUGCUAAUAAAAGCAUCUUCUGAUAUCCAAAGGGGCAGUGCACAUGCUAAGCAAUAUUAGCCAUUCACAGCAGUUACAUACUAGCAAGGUGCUGCCUCCAGCUAUCACCUUUGUCUCAUGUACAUAUUGCGGAGAGAUGGCUCAUUUUUGCCUCUUCUGAGAAUACUGCCUCAUUGGCUGUUGAACCAAACUCAUAGAAGAUCCUGAAGCAAAAAUAAGGGAAGGCAUUUUGGUCAUGUUGCCCAUCACUUGCUGCCAUGCGCAAAAUUACAUAUGUUAGUAGACCUAGAGAUGGAGGCGAAUUCUGUUUGGUAUCCAUUUUAAUGCAAACGUCCAUAGUAUUGCAUUUUUUGAACUAAUAUUUACAGUAAAAUUCAGUUAUGCUUUAAAAUUUGCACUUCAAAAUUUGAAAUUAUGUUCUCCAGUGAACAAGUUUAUACUGCAAUGCAUCUAUUUUGCGGAAGUGGACAGUGUACACUGAUAAUUUCCAGGGAACUCUAAAGUCCUUUGAAAAAGAGGUUUUUUUCAUCAUGUCAGAAGUUACUUGAGAAUAUACUGCAAGUCACUUCUGGUGUGAGGAAAUUGGCCGUCUACAGAGACGUUGCCCAGGGGACACAAGGAUAUGUUACCAUCCUGCUGGGAGGUUUCUCCCAUGCUCACCCCAUCUCGCAACUGCCAACCUUCAGGUCAGCAACCCAAUCUUCAAGUCAGCAGUUCAGCUGACACAAGGGUUUAACCCAUUGCGCCACUGCGGCUCUAAUCACCAUUUAAAAAAAUGAUUUUUCAGAAUCUGCUUCAUGCAUUAGAUCAUGCAUUUGCAUAUGCAUGAGCAGUAAAUUAAAUAUUUCCAUCUAGCACAAUAGUCAGUCUGAAUAACUCCAACUGAAAUUCAAGCAAAUAGCUUUAUCCAGUUGAAAUUUGGGUUAAGACCAAAAUCUACAAAUGCUGCACAGAAGGUUGUGCUGGAAUUUGAUUUUAAAAUUGCACAAGAAUCUAGAUGCUCAUACUUAGCCAACUGAAAAAAUAGACAGUAAAGUAGGUUGGAUGUACAUUUUAUUGAAUGCACAGCUGUUGGUGGGUAUGAUAUAUUUUCCUCCAGGAUGUUCACAGUUUCAUGUUUCCCCACAGAAAUUGGACCAAUAAAAAGAAUCAUUGCAUUAAUUUUUCUCUUUUAUUCUUAAGUUCUUUGGGACAUAAUAUUUGGUGUAAGUAUAAUGUUUGCAAUCAGGAAUCAGGCUUUCAAAUCUUUACAAAUUUUAAAAAUAAAUUCAGCCAGUCACCUCACAUGUUCAUUUCAUUCAUAAGAUCUAGUCUUCCUAGAACAUUCACAGUCUGGCUUCAUGUUAAAAAAAUCAACUCUAUCUUGAUUUCAUUUUAAAAAAUCCCAAAGUACUUAUGCCUCCAAGUCUACUCAUAAUUUACUUCUGAACUCCUAAUGUUUGAAUUAUGUGAGAAUUAAGCAAACUAAUUCUGUAAUGCUACAAACAUCAAUUCAUUUGAUUAUAUAAUAAAGAUAAAUCAAUGUCUGAAUGAAGUACUUUAGGGUAACACAAUCCAUUUUUAAAAUACUUAACAUAAAAUAUUGCCACUAUUGCUGCUGCUUCUGUCAUCCAAGUUCACCAUAAUUGAUCCCAGCCUUGAUAUUAGAGUAUUUUCUUCCCAAAAGCAUUCUUCAGAUCUCAAACAAAAAUUAUUCCCAAUUGCAUGGGGAAAGCUUGACAUUUAAUACAAAAAUUCUUUAUAUAGCCUUACCAUGUUUAUUCAUCACCACAAUCACCAUCAUCAAUCUAUUGUUAAGAAUUAAAGUCAUUUUAGCUUUUAGUGAGAGCUUAAUCGUAAUUUCUCUAGAAUCUGUUUCUUUAUCUUUUCAGCAGUUCAUAUCUGUAAAACUCUCCUCUAUCAUUACAUUUAAUAUGAGUCGACGUUCUUCCUGUCAGCUUUCUUCACUAUCUGGCUUUCAUAAUCAUACAUAAACAUUGGAAAAACUAUGGCAUAGAUGAUCCUGACUUUGGCAUUCAGUAAUACAUCUUUGUACUUGAGGAUCCUAUCUAGUUCCUUCAGGACUGCUUUCCAAGUCCUCGUCUUUCAGUUUCUUGACUACAGAUUCCAAUUUGAUUAAUCACCGAGCCAAGAGACUAUUUCUAUUACUGUCUUUGAGCAACAAAUUUGAUUUUCUUCCUGUCUGCUUUCUACAGUACCCAAUUUUCACAACAUACAUAGAAAUUGGAAUUAUGAUGGUAUUGCUUCUGAUUUGGUAUGUAAUCAUAUAUUUUAGAUAGACUCGAGACUAUUACAGGGGUAACAUCUGUUGUUCAGUGGAAUUUGUUAUAACUGCUGUAACUUUAAACAAUCUCCCUAUGCUAUAUCUUGAAGGUUUUGAAAGUCUAUGGCCAACAGGCCCCAUCUGAUUUGAUGGAUUUCCACGGAUAACACUGGCCAACACACAUUUUAAUGCCUCAAACGUUAGGCCUGUUUCUGGGUAUAUUUGGCCUACUGGUUCCAAAUAUGGCACCAGUUUUCCCCUAUCAGCUCUAGUUUUUGAGAUACAAAACAUAUGUCAUAUACCAGUCUUCACCUGCUCGCCCAUAGAAAAUCAGGAUGACCAUAUCGAAGAAACUAGACCUGAUGCAGUCUAUCCAACACAAUAUAUAACAAACCCGUUAGACAUUUUUAAGGAUUUAAGUCCACCUUUAGAUAUACUAUUUGUGUUGCCAAAACAAAUGAUAAAAAAAUACUUUAGAAUGCUUCAAAGUGUGUUAGAAAAUGUCUGUCUUUGGAUAUGUGUCUGCACACUUGGCGCAUAUCCUUAAACAACUAGAUCAAUUAGAAUGACCUCCCACUGAAAGAACCUGGUUCUAUAGUUUACAAACAAGCUUAUGUUUCAUAGCUUCACAGAGCUAAAAUCUCUGUCAGUUGCAAAAACACUGGGUAUAUUUUAAUAUAUCAAUUGUCUGCUUAUAUUAUACUAGAAAAUUCAAAGGUUCGGUAGUUCAUAACCACUUGUAUGAUUAGAUGGAAACGUAGUUAUAUCCAUUUAAAUCAAAGGAACAUGCCUUUAUUAGAUUAACUUAUGCUUGUCUACACUGGCCAAACAACUCAUACACACCGUGAACUCACCGCUGUCUGUCUCUAUGAUGCACUGCAACCUCUGGUGAGAAUCCUGGGUUUUUAGGUAAGGUCACUUACCUAAAUUCCAGAAGAUACUCUGGAAUUUGCUGGAAACUCCCAAGUAUCCUAAGGCCUUGCAGCAGUGUGGACAGCUGGGCUUGGGUUCAGUUUGGCCCAAUCCCCUAUCCAGAUGGACACUGCCACCAUCACCCUGUCUCUGUACUGAUCAGUGUAGGGACAGAGGAUGGCUAGUCCUGCUGCCCACCGGCCAUAGAGUUCCAUCCAAGCACAUGGCCGUUGGGUUCAUGCCUAAUUUCAGAAUGGAGCACGUACCCAAUCAGCAGGGGGGAGGAAUCAACCCCCUCAUUGCUGUUUAUACAGGGGGUCAUUUCUGACAUCAGCAAACAGAAUCGUGAUGGCCAGUAGCUUGGACUCCAUUGUCAACAUGGAGUGACUGUGGCAAUAUGGGUGAGAUGACAGCCCAGCGGGUCCAAUGCAGUUCCAUCCUGGGAUUCAGCACAUACAUGCUGGUUCUGGGGCUACUAUGGGUCAGAUUUACACCAGGUAACCUGCCUGGUAUAAAUGUGGCCUUAUAGUAAGAAUUCCUUACUCUCAGUCAAUUAGAGAAAGCUUGAACAGUCUUAAAACAGAUCUCCAUACUCUUUUGUAAGCAGAUUGUCAAAUUUAGUGGAAGGCCAUUUUUCUAGUAAAUUCCCUGGAAGAAGAACAUUAAAGUUGUUAAUAGUUCACUUACAAGUGAAAAGUUGUGGUUUCAAAAGAUUAGUUUUCUAAGCAAGUGUGCAAUGAGGAUCUAAUAAGGACAAUCCAUAAGAAAUGUAUCCUUGUGAAUAUAGAUUUGGCUCUAAAGAGAAAGGACAGAUAGAUACAUAAAUUUAGAUAAUGUUUAAUUGCAUUUUGUUGUAAAAAUAAAGUCAAAAUAUGACCUUCUAUUGUAAUUAAUUUUAUGAAUUAUGUUUGUAUCCAAUGCAAAAUUAUUUCCUUUUUCCUGCUGCAUGCAAACAUUUAAAGAACAUAAUUUUGAAAUGUGCUUCUUCAAAUUUUAUAUAAACCACUAACGCUAAAAUACCUUAAUGUUUUUGAUGCUGCUGAAAUUCAUACAUUUAAAACACAUAGAUUUUGCGAUAUACAAAAGAACUAAAAUGCUUGCUUAGUAUUUCCACAGCAUAAUUUCCCCCAAAAAAGCAAGUAAUUUAAUGAAUCAGACAUUUUUUAAAAAUAGUUUUUUAAAAAAUUCUAAGCUGGAAUGCCGAAAGACAUACAAUCCUCCGAAACUAAGGGCAGUAUCCUCAUUUGUAUUCUUAACUAAAUGUCUUGUCUGGAUGUCUGAUAAGUAUGUUGCAUGGACAUUGGACCACAUACUUAGUGUUUACUUAUAUAAGUCUGGCCAGGUGGCAACCGAUAUACGCUGGAAUAAUAGUUAAAUUGUCUGAAUAUUUGGUUCUGCUGAACAAAGGAGCUCUCAUUUCUGUAUUAUAAAAUAGUUCUUGGAAGUCAGUGGAUGGUAUUCCAGAGUAAGCUCUUAAGGACUGCAGGGUGUUAGAAUCUCACCAGCUGUCUUCUCUGUUACUGUAAGAAUAUUGUGACAAUACUGGGGAAAUAAGGUUUUACAAUUUUGUAAUGAUAACCAUAAGAAUUUUUUUGCAUUAAUUUCUAAUAUUGUAAAGUGCUCUGAAUGUCAUUUUUGGCAGAAUGCGUUCUUAAACAAACAAGAACAUGAAAAUUGCCUGUGCAUACUUAAAAGCCAAGCAGAAUUGCUUCUGCUUUCAUAAUUGCAAUGGAAGUAGAAUUUUACCUUUGACUUAAAGAGAAGAACCAGACUAAACAUUCCAAUUUCAUUGGCAUUCCAAGAGCCAUGCUCAAAGUGGCCGUAAUCAAGAGCAAUCAAGACAAUGUGAUUCUACAUUUGUACUCCUCUCCCCUCAUUGUUUUGUGUCUCUUUUUGAUAGCACAACUGCAGAAAAUCUCCAAAGAUCCAUGUAAUGCACCACAUCCUAGCAGUCUGUUAUACCCUGUUUCCCCGAAAAUAAGACAUCCCCGAAAAAUAAGACCUAGUAGAAGUUUUGCUGAAUUGCUAAAUAUAAGGCCUCCCCUGAAAGUAAGACCUAGCAAAGUUUUUUGUUUGGGAGUAUGCCCAGCGCCUGCCAAACAGAACACCAGAGCAUUCAGGAUUGGUAAAUGCACAUACCAGUUGUACAUGGAAAUAAUGGUAGUAACAAGAAAUUCUUGAUAGGAUUCACAGUUUGUCUGGUUAUGCUGGUUUCUGAUGACAACUACUGUACAGUAUAUAAUAAAUGUUCAUUUUUUUGUUCAACAAUAAAUGUGAAUAAUUCUUCAUGGAAAAACAAGACAUCCUCUGAAAAUAAGACCUAGCACAUCUUUGGGAGCAAAAAUUAAUAUAAGACACUGUGUUAUUUUCGUGGAAACACGGCAGUACAAGGGAUGGCAGGGGAAUCUACUCUUUUGUCAUUCUUCCACCAAAAACAGUGAGGGGAGACCAUCUUGUCUGGUGUAGCAAAUGCUCCUGAUAUUUCAAUUUUUUUCUAGGCAACUUCAGAAAAUUACUUAGCUGAAACUAUCAAAGGACUCAUUCACCUGAAACUGAGAGCAGUCUAACAUAAUGUGCCUUGAUCAUAAAUACACAGGUGCCAAACUCCUCUUUUUAAAAACGUGAUACAAGCAGGAAAGCAAGUGUGAAUAAGAAGGGCAGCGCAAGAUGCAACACUCAUGAUGCUAUCAGCCAGCCACUUAUUGCUUCUUAUAUCAACUUAAAUACAAUAAGGCAUUGUCCAUAAAACCCUAAUCCUUAAUAGAUUCUGAUCCAUGUACUGUAUCUUGCACAGCAAAGAAGAAAGCAAUUGUCAACUGUCGUCACAAAUCUCUUUUGGAUUUUACCCUGUAUUUUUCCAAAUGACUACUUAAAGUUUGUUCAUCCAUUUUAAUCUACUAAUUUCUUGUUAAGAAAUACAAGAUUUAAAAUGUUUUGAAAGAAAGCAUUUGCUUAAAAAAAUAAUAAAGAACAGCACUAUCUGUUUAACUGGAACCGAAAACAGGUAAAUUCUGGUCAUACAAUGGCUCUGAUUUUUUCUGUAAGAGUUAUGUAGUCAUCAUGGAAAUAGAAGGACUCAUUAUAGAGAUUGUGAAAGGCUAGUUUUGACCAAUCUUCCCCCUUUAAUGUGGGCAAUGUUAUGUUUAUAGUGUGGGCAAUGUUAUAUACAGAAUAGAAACAUAAAGGUUUGGCUUAAAAAAUGAAUGGAAAACUGCACAGUAUAUUGUACUGAUGUAAGUAGAACUAUUUGCAUAUGAUGUGAUUUUAUUUAUUAUAUUUCUGUAGAGACAGAAUUAAUGACUGUGGAUGAUAUAACCAUGUGAUGUAUGUUUAUUUCUUUUACCAGCUGAUCAUAUAAAAUAUUAAUUGGUUA